AUGCGCACGUACGACGACACGUUCUCCGGACAGAGAAUCUACCCUGGAAAGGGUAAGCUCUACGUCCGCGGUGACUCCAAGAUCUUCCGUUUCCAGAACGGAAAGUCCGAGUCCCUCUUCCUCCAGCGCAAGAACCCCCGCCGCAUUGCCUGGACCGUCCUGUACCGUCGCCAGCACCGCAAGGGUAUCUCUGAGGAGGUCGCCAAGAAGCGCACUCGCCGCACCGUCAAGGCCCAGCGUGCCAUCGUCGGUGCCUCCCUCGAUGUGAUCAAGGAGAAGCGCUCCAUGCGCCCCGAGGCCCGCUCCGCCGCCCGCGCCGCCGCCAUCAAGGAGUCCAAGGACAAGAAGAACGCCGACGCCGCCGCCAAGAAGGCCGAGAAGGCCAAGACCGCCGCCGCCGGUGGCAAGAAGGGCCCCAUCGCCUCCAAGCAGGGCUCCAAGGGCGCCGCUCCCAAGGUCCAGGCCCGUACCCGUUAA